AGGGCAGAACCACUGCUAGCCCGCAUUAAAGAGGAUAGGACUGUGAUAGUGACACCAGUGUUUGAUAAAGUCAACUUUGAUGACCUCACUGUAACUCCCUACUCUCCAAUGGCUCAGGCAUUUAACUGGGCGCUGUGGUGCAAGUAUGAACCUUUCAGACCAGAGUGGUACGCUCAGAAAGAUGAAUCCCAGCCAGGAAAGAGCCCGUCCAUCAUGGGAAUACUUGUAGCUGACCGCAAAUUUUUUGGAGAGAUUGGCUCACUAGAUGGAGGUAUGAAAAUUUAUGGAGGCGAAAAUGUUGAGUUGGGCAUUCGGGUUUGGUUAUGUGGAGGGAGCAUAGAAGUUAUUCCUUGCUCUAAAAUUGCUCACAUUGAACGAGCAAUGAAACCAUAUCUUCCUAACUUAAGUGUAACAAUGAAGCGCAACGCUCUGAGAGUGGCAGAAGUGUGGAUGGAUGAGUAUAAGCAUAAUGUCAAUAUGGCAUGGAACUUGCCUUUUGAGAACCAUGGGAUAGACAUUGGCGAUGUCUCUGAGAGGAAGAAACUGAGAGAGAGUCUGAACUGCAAGCCUUUUAAGUGGUAUCUUGAUAAUGUUUAUCCCAUGUUGGACCCUCUGGACCUUCUGGGUUAUGGUUCAAUUUCAAAUGAUCUAAAACCAGAUCUAUGCAUUGAUCAAGGCCCAGCUGCUGAAAAUAAGCCCAUCAUUUACCCAUGUCAUAAAGGGACAAGUCAGAAUUGCUUUUACCACAUAUCUGGUGAAAUAUACAUCGGAAUAAUACAGUCCCACAAGUACAGAAGCAAUCGCUGCCUGGUGGACACAAACACUGGAGUCUACCCUGGGCUUUAUGACUGCAACAUGGCCAAGGACAAGAUGUUUCAUAUGUUGUGGGACUUCAAACAAGGAGGAGAAAUCCAGAACAGAGAGACAAAGAGGUGUCUGGAUCUUACUCAGGGCUUAGAUGGCUACAAACUAGUCAUUCAGCAGUGCACUCGUCAGCACUGGAGAAUACAAAAUGUUAUCAAUAGGCGGUGGAAUGUAAUGUAAAAGUAGUAAAAUACUCUACUUGGGUAUCUGUACUCUACUCAAGUACAUUUAAAGUAGAUACUUUUUACUUUUACAUCACUACAUUUGAGAGCAGAUACCUGUACUUUCUAUUGCACUACACAAAAGUAAGUGGUUUGUUUUUUUGUUUUUUUAAUCUAUUAAGAUCUUGUGAAAAGGAUGAGGGCUUUUUAACAUGUUUAUAGUUAGAGUAAAACAAAAAUCAGAUACGAAAAAUACAAAAUGUUAGCAUCACUACAGUUGAAGAUCUUUAGAUCUCAAAAUCAGCUUAAAAUACUUUUACUUUUAACACUUUAAGUACAUGUUCAAACAGGUACUUUAAUACUUUAACUUAAGUAAGUAGUUAAUUUAAGUAUGUUUUUUAUUUUAUUUGUUUAUUUGUAUUUAUAUUCUGGUGUCUUGUUUUUAAAAAAAAAAAAAAAAGUACAAACAAAACUGAGUACUUCUUUCACCACCGUCUUUAGGGUUAGAUGGAGGUAGAUCGCUAAAUAAUUAACUGAUUCCCACAGGGGGAAAUUCAGGAUACAGAGACAUUUAAUGAGACAUAGCCUUAAAAAUAACAUAUUAUGCAAGAUGGUUUGAUUCAUGCAUGUUUAAGUAAUUGUCCUGUAUUCAAGGCUUGAGUGGUUAGAAAAUGUGUUUUUUCACCUAUGCCCUAUCCCUGCCAACUGCUUUGUACUUACUUGCAAUUUUUUUUUUUAAUGAACUCUGAGUCAUGCAUGUGUAACUAUCAAAAACAAUAAAAACAUGCAAAUGGAAA